AUGUCCUUCCGCAGUCUCUUUCUCAAGGCGCAGCAGAACACCUUAUCCGGUUCCGCCCUUGCAGUCGUCAGGUCGUUCCCUUUCCCUCUCGGAAGAGAUCCAUCUUCACUCCCGUCGGCGCUCACCGAGAAACUCGAUCCCAACAUCGUUUCUCUAAUCGAUGACCGUCGGAUUUCUUUACGUUUCAGAGUCAGCUCACUGAUUGAGCUCUCCGAAUUGGAAAAGGCGGCGCAGAUCUCACGUCUCGCUGUCUUGAAACAGUAUCGCGGCUGGGAUACGAAGGUCUUGAUGUGCAACGAAAUCAUCGGCGCCAUGUGCGCCGCCGAAAGGUACGAUGAUGCAUUCGCUCUGUACCAGUUCUUCGACAGCGAGUCUAAACUUGGACACUCCGCCGUCUCCUUCAACCACGUUGUCAAAGCCCAUUGUGAUCAAAAUCGUGUAGAUGAAGCACUCAAACUAUGCCAUCCCUGUAGGGGCUAUUUUCGUAAAGAUGUCGACACAUUCAGGUCGUUGGCCAAAGGCUUGGUCAACACCGGGAGGAUCUAUGAAGCUGUGGGGUUAAUAAAGUACAUUAGGCUCUAUGAUUCGGUGGUAUACAGCUAUCUCAUCCGCGGAUUUAUGGAUUUAGGAAACCACGACAAGGCUUAUGAAUUAUUUGAUGAUUUUAACAACAAGACCGAGCCUGACUUCACUGAUGGUCGUAACAAAAUAUUGAUCUGGCCUAGUCGCACUGACGGUCAGAACAGAAGAGCGGUCGUGGAUGCGACAUUUGUGGAUUACUGGCUCAAGCAAGGAGAGGACGAGAAAGCUAUGGAGAUUUACAGGUCUCUAAUCAUAAGGAAAGGGGAGUUAGUGUGUGCGGCCACUGGGAAUACCCUUUUGGAGAUCUUGUUGCAAAACGGUAAGCAAACAGAGGCUUGGGAUCUCUUCAACGCCAUGAUUACCAAUUCCAAGAACUUUGAUAGAGAGACCUUUGGUAUAAUGGUGAAUGCGUGUUUCAAGCUGGGCCACUUCAAGGAGGCUCUCGAGACUUUCAAGAGGCUCGAGUUUACGAGGUCCUCUAGCUGCUACGCUAACAUCAUAGCUCAGUUCUGCGAGCGCGGGAUGAUGUCUGAAGCGCAAGAUUUGUUUGUGGAAAUAUGCUCCGACCAAUACUUGAGCCCCGAUGUUCCUACGUUUAGAUCAAUGAUCAACGGGUAUGCCAAGGCUGGGAGGGUCGACGAGGCCAUAGUGAUGUUGAAAAAGAUGGUUGAUGCAACUCUCCUCAAGUUUGCUGUUCACGAGUCCCAUUAG